GAGAGAGCUUGGGGCGUGAUAAGAGUAAAAUUUACUCCAUACUUCACUUCUACGUCCGAACCAAGUGACACGAGGAAUGUUUACCCAUGUUCCGGGAACAAGUUUUCCAAUGUUCCGGGAAUUUAUUCCACCGGAUGUUCACACGGUACUGAAAUUUAUUCCUGAGACGGCAGACCGAUAUUGCGACAAGAUCAAGAUCAAGCACCCUGGUGGUCAACUCAAGUGCUUGUUUACAAGCACCACCAUGCCGAGCCACGCACACCACAUCAACCACAAUCGACGACAACAAGGCCUCACCCGACAGCAAUGGGGCCACUUCAUUCUUGCCAUAUGUCUGAUGAGGGAACGGGAUGAACAACUCCGUGUUUGGACACGUCCCUGGCUAUCAAGGAGGCGUCAGGAGAGCGUGUACUUCCGACUGGUGAGGGAGUUGUCGCUAGAAGACCCAGGCGAAACUCAGAAGUCAUUGGCCUACCAAUUUCGGAUUAGUCGGAACCUGGUGUGCAGCAUUAUCCCGGAGGUGUGUCAGGCAAUUUAUCAAGUGCUGAAAACAACAUACCUAUGUAUGCCUAACACCACAGAAGAAUGGCGGCAGAUUGCCAGUGAUUCUUUCUCUCAGUGGCAGUUUCCUAUGUGCAUAGGGGCAUUGGAUGGGAAAAGGGUAUUAGUACAAAAGCCAGCCAAUUCAAGUUCAAAAUUCUAUGACUACAAAGGUCAUUUUAGCAUGAUUUUAUUAGCUAUGGUGGAUGCAGACUACAAGUUCAUCUAUGUGGAUGUUGGUGCUUGUGGCCGGGCAAGUGAUGGAGGAGUUUGGGACAGGUGCUCUCUGAAAAGGGCAUUGGAAGGCCAAAACAAUGUCUUACAUAUACCCCAGUGUAACACCCUUCCCUUCUCUGACAAACAAUGUCCCUUCGUACUGGUAGGAGAUGAUGCUUUCCCACUAAAGUCACAUUUAAUGAAACCUUAUCCAGGAAAACAAUUGAGCAAAGAACAAAUAAUAUUUAAUUAUCGACUUUUCCGAGCUCGCAAAACUUCAGAAAAUGCAUUUGGAAUUUUGGGAUCACGUUUUCAGGUAUGUAGAACACCUAUUAGAUCAUCUCCUACCACAGUAAAGGAUAUUGUACUUUCUGCUGUAACUUUACAUAAUUAUCUAAGGGUAUGUUCCAAAGAGUCGUACAUUCCACCAGACAUGCUAGACAGGGAGGACAUACAAAAUGUAGAGUUGCAUAGAGGUCAGUGGCACUAGCAUCCACAUGGUGGACUUGAAAGGCUGCCAUUGGUAGCUAGAGGUCAUGCACAAGAUGCCAAGGGAGUCAGAGAAACUUUAAAGCAAUACUUCAAUAAUGAAGGUAAAGUACCUUGGCAAGAUGUAAUGUGCUUUCUACACUAGGCUAUGCAUAAAUGUUUGUGUUUUGUAUGUAUGUGUGUGCAUUUUACUUAGUGACCUGUCUCCAUAUCUUCAUUUGUCUAAUUUUUGCUCAAAGUUUUGCACAUUGUGCUGCAACUACCUCCGCAUUUAAAGCUUUCCACUUUUCCACUGUUCUAUGUGGAAAACGAUUCUUUCCAAUGUCCUUCACACACCAUCUUUGUAGCUGUACUCUGUAUCCUUUUUAGAUUCCUUAUAUCUUUCAAUAGGUUAGAUGAAAACACCACUGCUGUAUACUCUAAUUUAGGUAUUAUUAUGCCAGUAAUAAUUGUCAUCAUAUCCUUGUCAUAUAAUUAAAUGCAACUGUAAUAUUUGAUAAUAUUUUCUAUGUUACUCCAUAUAUCUUGCCUGCUAUGUGGGACUGUAUCAAAAGCCUUUUUUUAUAUUCAAAUAUGCUGUAACCACCCAGUGUGAAGUGUGUGUGUGUGUGUGUGUGUGUGUGUGUGUGUGUGUGUGUGUGUGUGUGUGUGUGUGUGUCAGUUCGGGUAGAGGGUGGCAGGAGGUGGAGAGAGUUUAUGCACACUUUUCAAGUGCAUUACAUUAUAAGAGGCAAGGAAAUAAAGAGACAACCUUA